AGUGACGUGUAAGUUAACAGACUCGUAUAACUGCAGCGUGCGUGGUCAAGGGCACCGGGAAGGGAGAAAGCGAGCAGCAAGGAAACAGGAAGAGUGAACCCUCGUGUCAGCGGCUGUCAGAAGAACUUGGUCGCUUUGAGCUGUCGUGAAGAGAAGUAUCUUUUGAAGCAGCAAUGGACCAGGCAAGGUCAACCAUAUCCAAAAUUUUUAAUGGGGAGCCACACUCCUACACACGUUUCAACUUGACGCAGAACAUGGAGGGUGACAAUAGUCAGGUGGAGAUGAAGCUAUCGUCCGACAUGGAUGAGGAAGUUGGAGGAAAUGGAGUUGGAGAACAUCUCAAUCACAACUCCAACCGCAAACCCUAUGUGGCUCAAAGGUUUGGACGCACACCCAAGAACCUCUGCUUCAUGGCAGCUGCAACCCUACUCAUCUUUAUCAUCGGGUACUUGAUUGGCUACCUGGUCCAUCGGAAAAAGGAUUUGGCUCCCACCCCUGUAGCCCCCAAGCUUCCUUUUGAAGAACCUGCUCUCCAUGAGACAGGUGCUGCUCCCCUCAUGGACUGGGAUGAUGUCAAAAACCUCUUGGCUACAAAACUCAGUGCAACCAAAUUUGAAUCUGUCUUCAGUGAGUUUGCCAGUAACAGCCAUCGGGCUGGUUCUCCUGGUGAUGAAGCUCUGGGGAACAAGGUGCUCAAGAAGUUUAAAGAAUACGGCAUGAACACCUGGACUGAUGAGCACUUUGUCAAGGUUCAGGACCCCCCAGCUUCUGGCUACAACAGAUUUGUUUUCAAUGGGACAGAGCAGCGUCCAAAUGGAUUCCUGUCCUACAGUGGCACUGGAACAAGAACGGGUGCUGUUGUGUUUGCACACUACGGGCAGGAAAAUGACUUUACAUUGCUGAGGGGCAAGAACAUCAACCUGAGUGGCAGGGUUGUGCUGGUCAAAGCUGGUAAAAUCAGUUUUGCUGAGAAGGUUGCCAAUGCUGCCAAAAUGAAUGCCUCUGCUGUGUUGAUCUACCCAGAUCCCACUGAUUACUCUAUUGGUGAUAACACUCCACUCUUUGGACAUGUCCACCUGGGUUCUGGGGAUCCCUACACCCCAGGCUUCCCCUCCUUCAACCACACCCAGUUUCCUCCUGUCCAGUCUUCAGGUCUACCAACAAUCUUGGCUCAGACCAUCACAACAGGCAUGGCUAACAGUAUUCUGAGGAAGCUGGGGGGUCAGAGUGCACCAAGAGAAUGGGAAAGCUACUACAAUUUGGGAGAGGAGAAGGAUGUUAUUACUGUGGAGGUCAACAAUGUUCUUACUGAGAAAAGGAUUAAUAAUGUCUUCGGCGUCAUCAAAGGCUUUGUGGAUGCAGAUCGGUAUGUGGUCAUUGGUGCCCAGAGGGACGCAUGGGGUCCAGGUUUUGCUACAUCGACUGUUGGCACCAGUGUCCUUGUUGAACUGGCUCGUUCCAUCUCGGACAUGGUGAAGAAUGAUGGAUUCAAGCCAAGGAGGAGCAUUGUGUUUGCUAGCUGGAGUGCUGGAGAAUAUGGGAGCGUUGGUGCCACUGAGUGGAUGGAGGGUUAUCUGUCUUCUCUGAGCAUGAAAGCCUUCUCCUACAUCAACCUGGAUGGUGUUGUAGCAGGUCGCACUGGAUUUAAAGUAGCAGCCAGUCCCUUGCUGCACAGCCUGAUUGAGAGCACUCUGAAAGAGGUGAAUUCCCCCAUCUUUUCUCAAGUUACAAAAGGCAACUGGGAAUCAAAUGUGUUGGAACCUCUCAAGUUGGAUAAUGCUGCAUAUCCUUUCCUUGCCUUUUCUGGCAUUCCCUCAGUCUCAUUUAGAUUCGCCCCCAGUAACGCAGAUUACCAGUACUCUGGCACAUUGCUGGACACCAGGGAGACCCUGAAACAGGCCACAGGACAGCAGAUUCCUCAGCUGGCUGAAACAGCAGCAAAGUUUGCAGGUCACAUAGCGCUGAGGCUGGUCCAUGAUCAUCUGUUGCGGAUGGAUGUGACAAAGUAUGACAAGAUUAUUCGUACUCGAGUGGCUCAGAUCAAUGGGAAGGUCUGGAACGUUAAGAGGUUGCGGCCUGACUUUUUGCCCAAGGCCCUGACAGUGCAGUGGUUGAUCUCAGCCUCUGGCUCCUACAGCCGCGCCUCUCGCACACUGCAAGCAGACAUCCAAAACAGUGACCUGGAGGACAUUGAGAUGUGCCGCAUCAUCAAUGAUCGCAUCAUGACAGUGGAAAGGAACUUCCUGUCACCCUACGUAUCUCCCAAAGAUAGUCCUUUCCGCCACAUCCUGCUGGGCUCUGGACCCCACACUCUCACUGCUCUGUUCAACCACCUCGAAGCCCUCAGGACCAACAACCCUGAGGCUGACGCCGACUUGUUCCGCAACCAGUUCGCCCUGGUGACCUGGACCAUUCAGGGCUGUGCCAAUUCACUAGCAGGGGACAUCUGGUCUUUGGAUAAUGAAAUCUAAAAAAUGUCCCCCUGCUCCCUCCCUUGUUCAUGGUUUGGCCCUAUUAGGACAACUGGCAGUGUGAAGACCAGUAGGUUGUUACAAUUCCGUUACUCAGCUUUUUAAAUUAACCUGAUUCAGCUUUUUUAACUAAGCUAAAUUAUCUAAAUGGAUACCAUUACCAGUCAUCACUUCUGUUCCAUAAUUUUCAACAUUUCAGUGACAAUCUGCCUCACCUCCCUUCUUUCUGUAAUUCUCCAUAAAGCCAAACACAUUAAUGAUAAAAUGUACCUAAGCCUUCCGCCUUAACAAAAAAGAUUAGUAGGUCAUUCUUUUUUUCUCCCACUUUGGAAAGAGAUUUUUUUUUCGAUUUUAACGUGGUACUUAAAUACCACAGUCUUGAAUACUUUGGUGCUAGUAACAACUACCUUUAAAUGUGGCAGUUAUGUCACAUGUUAUGUGGCAAUACUACUUAAAUUGGUGUUACCCUUUACAUGAGUUGAAUGUAGUGAAAGUGAUACCUUUUUUUCAGCACAGUAUCAGGUCCUGAUUUCAGGAAUGACUGUUUGCCAGCUCAGAGGGUAAUAAAACCUAAAAGGGCAGUAUGAUACAGUAAGCUAAUUACCUUUUAUUUGUUUACCAUAAUAACUACAAUUCACAACUGCUGGUAUUUCCACUGCUGCUGAAGCCUCAUGUUCAAACCUGAGCUGGUUUAUGUUGGUAGCUAUAAUUUCAUACUGUGCUGAAAUCUGCUACUCAACUCAAUGUCAGAGAUUCAGAAAUUGCUGAAAAGGACUGAAGAUUAAUUUACAAUAACGCAGCAGUUGUGUUGUACAGAACUAGAUGUAGUGGAUUUGGGACAAUCAGCUGUUACUGGCACUGUCCAACACUCAAGCUGCAUUAAUCUUUAAAAAAAAAAAAAAAAGAAGUCCUAAUCACAUGCAACAAUUAAAAGUAAAGUUGUCAAUUAUCUGAAUCGUCCACCUCCUGACAUGAAUCUGCCUUUCAAUAAAAACAAGGGAGAAGGCCUCCAACCACGUGGCACUGAAACAAACCGUAUGUCUAUUUAUUGUGUUAUUUAUUUAUCAGUGACAGGGUUCACUAUAAAUAGUUUUUUUUAAUUGCCUUUUAUAAAAAAAAAAUAAAAAGUGUAAUUAUCGGGAGCAGUGCCUUCCAUAAUUAUGACAGUUAUACUGUCGAAAUGACAAAAGCAGCAUCUGCUUACAGAAGUGUACAUGUCGACCGACAGCCAGUACUGCACACAGAGCAUCACAAUCACAAUCAGGCGCUUCUCAGCAAACCACAUUUUUCUACAUAACUGACACUGGAUCUGUCUUUAGCAAGGCCAGAUCAAAUAUCAGACCUGACAAUAUUUAGUGAAAACCUCUGAAUGUCUUGUCAGUAUUGGUUCCUUGGUACAUGUACACUUCUCAUCCUGACAACAUUAUCGGGAGCAGUGUCUUCCAUAAUGUGAAAAAAGAAGAAGGUAGUUUUUGCCUACCAGUGUGUGUCUUUAUCGGAGGCAGUGCCCUCCAUAUUUCACUGUAGGGGUGGAUGUUUUUAUUAUCGGGAACAGUGUUUCCCAUAAUUUGUGUAUAUAUACAGUACAUUGCUACAUGAUGCACAUGUUGUCCGCAUCUUUAGAUCCCUUCUAUGAUGUUUUCAUGCUAAUGAAUCUCUGUAGUUUCCUCUCAGACAGAAUACAGCCUGCAGCUUCUGUUCACAGAUCUGAAACACAGUGAUGAGAUUUAACAUCAGCUCAUAUGAAAACAUUUCCCAUUGAUCUCAUUAGUAAGUUAAUCAAACUGUGUGUCUUUAAGCUGUUCUGGGUUUCUCCUCUGAGCUUUGUGUCUCAUUUUAAUGGAAUGUCUUUUCUUUUGUUUGCAUAUGGAACUGAUAUGAAAGGUCUCAGCUCUGAAGGAAUCAUGAUAUAAACAUGUUUGGGAGCACUGUGGUUACAGUGGUUUGACUCUGCAUUUCCAGAAAACAAGACCACUCUGAAAUAUGGGUGUUGUUUUUAAUGAUUUGGUCAGUGUGAAAGUACAUUCUAUCUUCGAUUUUGAGGUGUUCAUUCAUUUGUUAAGAGAUUUCCUUGUGCCUUUUUUGUUUUGUGACUGUGCUCUAGAGUUUCUACAGACAAUACUUAAAUGAGUUUGAGAAUGUAUAUUUGGCUUCUUUGUUUUGUUUUUUGACAUUUCUGCAUUUCUUUUUUCCUGUUGUCUGAUUGAAUCAAAAGUUACUGGUAAAAAUACCUGUUAUGCUACAACACAUUUUAGAUAAAGUUACAGAAAAGUUACCAGAAGGAUGAAAAUUAAAGGAAGAAAAAUCGGAGUAAAUUGAUUUAAAAAAAUUACACUGUGAAUGUUACAGUAGUUGAUGUGUUCCUCCUUUCUCUAGCUAAUCUGCUAAGAGUGGUCAGAACAUCACUCAUGGAAACCACCUGAUGUUAUGCCUCUGUAGAAAAACAUGAAUUGUUUUAGUUCAGUAGCCAUUCAUAGUUUGAGUCUUUAAACUGAUGUUGGAGGUUGCAUUUCUAAUAUUGGCAAUGUGUUGACCACCAGUCUGACAACUUGGCUAAAGAAUGUGUUUGGAAACAGUGUGUGUGUUUUCCCCCUCACACUGUAAACAAGUUGGCUUUUCUUUAUGUUUUUUUUUUUUUCUGCAAUAAACAAUCACAUCACAACUGUU